AUGAAGCCAGGGCCAUUUAAGGCCAUGUCAGGUUUGGUUGGUGGAGGAGGAAAAGCACCGAUCUUUGGUCAGCACCUGGCAAAAUCUACUGUAUCGUCCCAGGAGCUGAUGGGAGGAUCAAGUACUGGUUGUCGUGCCUCGGCAGAAGAUUUAUGCGGAGUGAAUGCUAAUCAUUUAAGUGGAAACAGUAACCGCACAUUAUCAAGAUCAGGAACAGGUGGACGAUUAGGGACAGCGAGAAGAAGGGACAGGCUAGGCACGUCCCGGAGAACAGUCGGCGUCGAAUCAUUGAGGAGAACUGCCUCCGGUCGGGUGCCAGCCUCUCGAAGAACUGUUGGAUCUACCAAUACACGCGUGGGCCCUGCCAACACACGUUUUGGCAUUACUAGCGCACGUGGCGGAGCCAACACGCGUAUCGGAAUAGCCAACACACGAGUUGGAACUGCUAACACACGUGCUGGACAAGCUAACACACGUGUUGGAAUUGCUAAUGCUCGUGGGCGAGGGAGGUCUGGUACGUCCGCAAAUGGUAUGGACAAUGCCAGGGUCAUUCUUACUCCUGUACAACAAGGAGCGGUAAGGUCCAUGCGAAACUUACUUCAGAACGGCAGGUCAACGACUGGACGAGGUGCUAAUCCUAGACUCAUUGGGUUUCUGAUUCCUCGACCUGACGGAAGAACACAGCUACAGCUAAUGCCAGACGCACGGCGCUUUCUCGGCGGGAGCGGCAGCAGGCGAUUCAACGGAAGAGUGAGAGCCCAGAUGCAAAGAAAUAGCACGUUGCCCCUGAAUUUGAGGACAAUCAUCAACGCGGCCCGGCGGGCUAAUCUUCUUCCUGGAUCACAGACUACUAGAGGUCCAAGGAACCCGGCCGUUGGAAGAGAACAAUCUAUUGUAGUGUUACGCCCCCGUGAUGGUGAAGCAGGCGGUUUAUUACAAGCACCGGAUAACCUCAGGAGCAAUAGUGUCAGAAACCAGAUUCUUGAGGAAAGGCGAAACGCGUUUAGAGUCGAUAACCGAAACCUUGUAGACAGAGUAGACAGAUUUACAACCACCCGUCCACUGGACCGUACAACUGGGACAAGAUCUCGUCAGAAUAUUGGAAGCCAAUCAACAAGAGAUCAAACGAAUAGAAGGAUAGGUGUUGACCAAUCGCGACCUAGCAGGAGGACCAUUGCAGUGGCGCGUGAAAGAGCUCCGUUAUCUUCAGGUGUUGAUCGAUUUACUAACCCUGGUCCUGACCCUAACCAGUUUUUGCCUAACAACUCUCCAGAACCUAUACCUAACAAUGCUUUUGCAGAAACAGCCACUCCACCACUCCAGGAUAGAACUCUCUUCCUCCCAAGUAGCGUAAAUAACAAUAAUGGAUUGGAUCAACCAGUAACACAACCACCUCUAACUAUUAACACUGACCCUUUUGAAAAAGUCUUCCCGCCAUCAAUAAAUGGAGAGAUACAAGCACCGCAGUCCCCCACACAAAAUACGGCGGGGAUUACAAGCACUGUCUUUCAAGCUGCCUCUGGUACCCAACCACUACCGCAAACCCUCGACAGUAAUGCUAAUAUUCAGACUGUAGAUAGUAUUCUAACAGAUUCACAGAAUGCAAACGCUCGAUUCGAACCUUCUGUUACGGGUACAUCAACAAACAUGCAAACGAAUUUACAAACUGACAUGCCACCGAUCCAACCACAGUCAUCGACUUCUGUUCAAACAGGAUUUGAUAUACAAGCAAAUAGGCAAACAAUUAUGGAACCCGCUUUUACUCCAGAACCUAUUUUCAAUACACCUACUAGAACGCAGACAGACAUUACACAAACCCAGUCGCAGACAUCAUCUGUCCAAGAAUCAAUGUUCGAUCCUUCAACAAUUAGCAAUAAUGAUAAUAUGAUGCAAUCGGGAAUGACAAGGACUUCAACGUCCGUUUUUGACUUACCAUCUAGUAUGCAGACUGCAACGACACUAGCCCAAACACCUUCUCCAGGACAAAUAGCAGUUGAUAACUCAGUAGGCUUGCAAACCAAUAAUAUCUUGCCGACAGAUAAUGCAAUGAGACCAAUCGUUGAUUCAACCACCAGCACCCAGAUAGGCAUGUCCCAAACUCAACCAAGCCAAUUAAGUGGCGAGACAAGUACAGGCUUAUUUCCAAAUCAAGCUCAAGGCACUACCAUAGAUGCUAGUCCACAGCCCGUGCAACUACAAAACAACGUAAUGCUCACACAGGAUACUGGUAACAUGGUAGAUAGUACAAUGUCUCUUCCACCCCCUAUACUACCUGUGUCUUCAGUAUCAACCAAUCUUAAUUCACAGGUCGGACUAAGCACGACAGGACAGGUUGAUCAGUCGACGAUGUUCAACUCGCUUUCAAAGGUCAGUGAUGCCAGCAUUACGAACAAUAACACGUUAAAUUUAUCAACAGUACAACAAACUAAUAAUAUAGCUAGCAGCCAGUUUAAUCAGAACCAGUUUGCCAACGCCAGGAAUAGUCAGCUAGCACUUGACAGACAAGCUGAUAUUCAAAGUCAACCUUCCAAUGCUGGUCCAUUAAAUCCGUUAACAUCAACAGUGAAUAGGGGUGGUGCUCAAACGCAAACAGAUACACUGACUCUGAUUCAAAACAAUGCAAACCUAGGUCAGUUCACAUCUGCAGUGAAGAAUAUGGCCAUGGAUAGAAUGCAAAGACGACAGUUUGUUAACAUUCCGGCUGAUACUCCUGUAGACACAGCUGUUGGUCAGAAUGGAAACAUUAAACAAGUUAACAUACAAAAUCCAGGUUUGGAUCAGAAUCUUAUACAAGGACCGAGUAUGGUACCUUUAACAAAUGAUAUACAGUUCGGAACAGUAAAUCAGAAUGCCAUUGAAGGUACAAACACAAUGUUAAUGAACACUCAAGGUGCGCCUGUCACGUCUAAUAUCAAUCAAAACAUCGAUCAACGUAACCUUUUAGAUACAGGAGUAGUCCAAAAUGAAAUAGGGCAAAUAAAGCAACAGAGUAUAAUACAAGGUCAGUCUAAUGUGAGAAAUCCAAACUUAAUUACAAUUGAAAUCACAGGACAAAGUAAACAACAAGGAGACGUAACCGGAAUAACUGGUCAGCAAAGUCCAAACCUAGCAAAUACGCAAAAUAUUGAAUAUAACACGCUUCAAAACAAUAAUUUGCAAACUGGCACACAAGUGUCUCAAACGUUUAUGUCAGCAUCAGGCGAAAGCAGAAAUAUACAAUCAAAUAGUGCUUCGAACCAAAUUCAGGUUAAACCAAUAAUUCAAAGCAAUGUCGUAAGCGGUGUAAGUUCGAAUAUAGAUAAUUCUUUAUCAGCUGUUGGCAUGGGAAGACAAACAAACACAGUACUGAAUAGCAGCAACAAUUUCGCAGGUGACGUAAUGACAGCAAAUACCGUUCAGGACAGUAUCACUUCAAAUAUUCUUUCCGAACAAUUAACGACUGACAAAAGUACUCAAAAGGCAAUAGAGGAUCUUACUUCCAGCCUUAAUCAAGCACUUUUAGCAAGUGCUUCAACAACACAAAAUAACUUGCAAGAUUUAAAUUCACAAAUUAAUGGCACUUCCUCACCAACAUAUACUCGAAACGUCAAUGUAGGCAUGAAUCUAGUAACAGCUAAUACUUCUUCUAAUUCACUUUUUGCUGAAGGCGGUGUUAACAUUGCCGCCAACGACCCCAAACGGAUAGAGCUUAUCAAUCCGUCCUCGAUUAACCCUCCUCCUCCUCUAAUUGUGCCGCAGAAUACAGGCACGCAAUCUAUAAACAUAAUCAAAAAUUCUAAUAUAGCAGGAGAAAUCAAUUUGGCCAACAGAACUAACAACAUUCCUUCGCAAGUACAAACACCAAAUGUAGUCACUGUAGAGACACAAAAUAAAUUAGAUACAUCAGCAAACAAUGCCUCCUCUAUACAGAAUAACGUUCCCGCUGUACCACAGGCGCCUAAUAUCCCUAUGGACUUACCAAAUCUUAAAACAACAUCAGACGUUCUUAACCUAAACGCAGUAUCUGUAGUUAAUUCCACUACUUCUGGUAAGGGAUCGUUGUUUACUAACACUAUUAAUGCUGAACCUCCAGUAAAACCCUCUCAGUCUCAAGCUAAUGGCGUGAAAUCACCUGAACAAGUUACUGGUCUGCCUGUGACAUCUUCAUUACCAGAUAUCAUGGUUGCAUCCGGGAAAGCUUCAGAUAUUCAAGUCCGCCAAAAAGCUACCAACACAGAAACUGCAAAACUAGGUAUAGAACAAGCAGCGACGGCAUUCAAAACAGCUUCAAACAUUACAGAUGUCGCAAUGCCUACAGCAACUAUCAAGGCUUUAAUACAAACAAGCCUUAACACUUCAGGAAUCAUCCGAAACCUGAACCAAAUUGAUAAUAGUUCUUCUAACACGGAAGUUUUGUCGGCUGCAAGUGGACUAGUCGAAGGUGCUCUAUCUCGCUCUGAUGCGACUCUAGGUAAGACGAACACAGCACCAAAUAGGCCACAGAAUGUUGUGAUGGAUAUUUCUACACUGAAGACACUUAUAUCUGAGGUUUUGAGUGAAUUUUUUUCGCACCAAUUUAACCCUGCUAAAACAGCUUUAACUCCCACAGCAGUCAUAAACACAGUAGCACAAGCAGUUGUUGAUGCACAAAAGUAUGCUUCGCCUACAGCUUCAAAUUCAGCUUCAGGUGCAGGUCAGGAGCCAGUACAAGCAAUUUUCACCACGUCACCGCAAGUCCCAGCUUAUCCGAAAGAUUCUAAAAUCGACUUUCCCCCUCCCCCGCCGUUUGCUGGUAUGACAGAGAGCAUAAACAUUCCUAAAACUGAAGUUGUAGAUAUACGGCCAAGUAAUGCUAUGGAAAACGCAUUUUUGUCACGAUCUGCAAAUACUGGCCCAAUAAAUCCAAUUUUGAUAGGAGAACCAAAUUUAAAGAGCUCAAACUCAUCCAGGGAUUCUAACAUUAAAAAUGUUUCAAGUAUGAAAAUUUCACAAAACGCGGCAUCCCCUAUACUUCCUAUUAAUACACGGACUUCGAAUAUCGAAAAAAUAAAAAGCGGUCCAGGUUCAAAUAAAUUAAGUGAAAAAUCUAAUGGUAUUGUCAACGACCAAAAUAUUUUUAGUUCAACAAUCAUCAAAACACCGAAUAUAGAUUCUCUACGAGUAAUAACAGAGAGCAAUGUUGCUUUUAACCAGAACCCUAGUCAGGGAUUCCAACAAAGUGGUAUAAUACGCCAACCACCUGUAAGAAGCAUUGGUGUUAAUACUGUGGCUGGUGGUGGUGGGCUCUCAGAUAUCAACAUGAGACGUUCCGGUGUCACGAUUAAUAGGGAGGAACCAAUACCGAGUUUAACAACCUUAAACAACCAGAAGAAUCUUUUAACCGCAUCAGAUGGAACGCCGAAUCAGAAUAAUCCGCAAAUAGACAUUGGUGGACUAACCUCCUCUGCAGACUUCCAAGUAACAACGCCAUCUUUGAGAAGUGCUGAAUUCGAUGCAAUGCGAAAUGAGUUUGUCAGAAGUGAAAUAAAUGCAGCAGCUAAAGUUUUGCCAAGUGAUUCAAAUUUCCUUGCAAAUAUACCAGACAGUCUCCUGUCUACGUUCAAUAAUGACUUCACAAGCCUGUCGCCGUUACUAGGUGUUACUAAAUCAACACCGACGAUACCGUUCAAUGGUCGUGAUUCCGGUAUUAACACUCAGUCUGUGACCUCGAAAGUGAGGAGUUUAUCAACACAGUCAGAUUUCCAGGGAACUACAAACCUGUUCGAAGGAUCUAAAAUGACAACACCAUUUAGCGGUAGUAGUACACGCAGACCGUUAAUGACAACAUCCAAUGACCUUCCUGCUGAGAAACCUGGCGCUUUUAGAGGACAGAGAACAUCUACAUCCCCACUUAUUGAGGCGGGAGGUGUCAGCGUAGCUCCUUCCACUCAGAAUAUGCCUUUGUUCCGAUCCACGUUUUCUGGUACCACUUUUACACGAAAACCAUUAUUUUCGACUACGAGAACAAGAUCACAACUGCUGAGUUCAGGUACAACUCCGAGAAUGCUAGACAGCAUGACUGGGGUUACAAGGAAUGUUCGAACAGCUAGUGUUUCAUCCAAACCUCUGUCGACCAACACGGUAACACAACGUAGCACAUCCACACAAAGUGCGCCCUCAUUUGGUUUUGAUCCUUCCAAAAGUUUUGGGUUACUUGGUCUGCCGCCUCCACCACCAUCAAACCUGAUGGAAAUGAACGCUACGUCAGCUUUAAUAGCUGACACUGCCAUAUCUAGUUCACAGUUAUCUCUCAUGAGUUUAGGUUCCUCAACUAGUAUCCGUACAAAUCGUCCUCUGCUAUCAACAGUUCCACCGAGUGUAACUGUAGACCCGCUGGUUCGUUCUAGUACCAUCCACCACUCGUCUCCGGCCGUAACGUCCUCGGUCAACUUAAACACGCCACUGGUGUAA